GUCAACGGUUACGUAACAUGCAUGUUGCAUAACAGCCACUGCAAUAGAAAAAAAAGUAACAGUUAUUUUCCACUGUAAUCGAUUCCCCACUCAAUAUUAAAUAGCAAAUUUCUGAGUAUUUGAAUGGAAUGUGAACGAACAGCUGGCAAAGGUGUAAACAAACUCCCCACCCCCCGCUCUGAGAGAGCAAGCUGCUCUCUCCGACUUUCGCUCUUUCAUCAGCUGUGCUGGUUACCCUCGCCUGAGUUGCACACUGUGUCCUUUUUCCAUAUCAACCCCCAGAUGUGCGAGCCAUAUGCAAACAUGGGGUUGGGCGCAGGACUUGUGGUGUGUUCGUUGAGCUCACGAAGUUUUAUCGAAUUUUUCGGGACUGCCGUGCAGGAAUUGAGCCUGCAGCUGCGUCCUUUGCCACACGGCUCCAGUUAAUCGUUAUUAUUAUUGCUAGCCAGCCAGGAGCAAUGCACGCGGAAUUAUAUCGCACACGCAAACGCUGGUACGAGUCCGCCUGGCCAGGAGCGAGCUUCUGGCGCGGCGCUAGCGACUCAUUGCCGCUAACCAACUAUAUAACCUAUCCGGCGGUGAGUCUCCGACAAUGGUCUGUCUGUCAGUUUCUUGACCCACUUGCUAUUUUUGUUGAGCAGCCAGCAGCCAUUUAAAGCCAAAACGCAAUAGCUGCGUUUAAGGGGUCAGCCCCUGAAAGUGUCUACUGCUUGCCUUGGACUUUGGAUACGCCUGGAUCUUUUCUU